AUGUCUGGGAAGAUUUUACAACCAAAAGGUCAAAAACGACUGACGAAUGUUGCCAUUGUCAGACUGAAGAAAGGCGGGAAACGUUUUGAAAUAGCCUGCUACCCAAAUAAAGUCACAUCAUGGAGGAACAAAAUAGAAACAGACAUAGAUGAGGUCCUGCAGACACAGAAGGUGUACACAAACGUAUCAAAGGGUGAAUUUGCAAAGCAAGCAGAAUUAAAGAAAAUUUUUGAUACUGACGAUGAAGCAGAAAUUUGCAAACUUAUUCUGAGCAAAGGAGAGCUACAAGUAUCGGAGAAGGAGAGGACUGCCCAGUUGGAGGAAAUGUUUCAUGAAAUAGCAACAAUCGUGGCUGACAAGUGUGUCCACCCAGAGACUAAAAGACCCUAUCCUGUGACCAUGAUAGAGAAGUCAAUGAAGACCAUGCAUUAUUCAGUGAAGCCAUCAAAAAACACCAAACAGCAGGCGCUAGAAGUAAUCAAACAGCUCACGGAGACAGGAACUCUGGAAAUUCAGAGAGCUCACAUGAAACUGAGAAUACUUGUACCAGGUAAAGAAGGUAAAAAAAUCAGAGAGCACAUCCGUAAAUUGGCUCUGCAUAUAGAGGAGGACAACUAUGAUGAGGAGUUAGAGAUGGUAAUCCUAGUCGAUCCUGGCUGUUACAGAGAAGUAUCGGAUCUCAUUAACGCAGAGACAAAGGGCAAAGGUCAAGUUGAAAUGGUCAGCCUUAAGGAAGUGGAAGAAGGGGAAGAAAAAUUGUAA